AUGUCAGCAUCGCCGCUGCCCGAAUUUAGGGGAUGCUACUGGACCAAGUCUGAAGAAGCACGCAUGGAGGAAAUGAGGACCGAACUCAAGUCCUUCCACCCUUCCGACCUCAUGUUUUGGAAGAUAGCGACAGGGCUUGCGUCUCGCAAGCUUGCGGUGCUCAAGGCCGACACCCAGUACUGGAAGGCACGGCUUCUUGAACUACAAAACAAGGGACAUCUAGAGGAUGAAGACGAAGAAGAGAACCUCGCCCAGUGGACGGAGACCAUUACGACGAGGACAAAGGCCGCAUGGCUUAAGAUGCGGCUAUACGAGUUGCAAGCGGCCAAAGUCGACAACGGCGGCGUGGUCCCCGAGGAAUUUGUGUCCUUGGCGAAGAGCUACCUUGGUAUUGCCACAGAAAAUGCGGGAGUGGUGGCCGAGCCAACCCGGGCAGACCGCGUCAACUUCCGCCAGUCCCUCCUCACUGCCUACGACGCCGGCAUACACCGUAUCACCCACGACAAUGGCCACCACACCGGCUACCGAAGCUGCAUCUUCGACUGCGUCUCCGGCGAAUAUCAAAACGAUUCUGCUAUGGUGGUGACACAUAUCGUCCCACCCAAGCUAGGCCAGGAAACCAUCACCGCGCUGUUCCCAUUCGACAGCCCACCUGACCUCCUCUCCCCCGACAACGGUGUUAUCGUCCCGCACGCCGUAGCCGAGGCACUCAACAACGGGGCCCUAGCCAUCGUCCCCAACCUCGCCGACGAGGACUAUAAGUCCCCCGAGGCGUUGGCGGAGUGGGAAGCCAGUUCGCCUCGCGAGUAUAAGUGGAUAAUCGUUGACGAAGCAGCAGAAGAUAUUUUAAACGCCCCCUACGCUCCCGGACCUGACAUCAACGGCCAAGUGACAUUCCUUACCGCCCGCCAACUAGACAACAAGCCCCUGCACUUCCGACCAGACUGUCCGCACCGGCCAAGCACCCGCCUCCUCUUCUUCGCUUACGUCUUUGCCGUCCUCAAGACAAUCUGGCGCUCCGACAACCUGUCGGGAAUCAAGGUAAUCGCCCCCGAGAUCUGGGCAAAGACGAUGUGGACUAGGAAGAACAGGUACUUGUACCUGGACCAGGCGCUGUUUGUGUGUUGGUCGAGGGAACUGUUCCAGAGAAACGAGGACGGGGUUAACAUUAGAGGUAACGUGUCGCGGCUUUUGCAGAUGCUUAGGGGGGUUUCUAUCGAGGAGGCUAAAGAGAGGACGGAGGUGGCGCUGCUGGCGCUUGCGAGGGCAUUUGAGGUUCGGCAGACGAAGUUGGAGGAGGAGAUGGUGGAGGAGGAGUACAUGUAUAGACUUGGAGAUGAGGAGUUCAAUUGGAAUGGGGCGAGGUUGCCUUAUUGGCAGUUUGGCGAGGAGGAAUUGGAGGAGAUGGGGGAAGGACAAGAUGAAGAGGAGGAUGAUGAUGAUGAUGAUGAUGAUGAUGAUGAUGAUGAUGAUGAUGAUGAUGAUGAUGAUGGGAGUGAGGAUGAGAUUUUUGAGGUCAUGGACUCCGGGUAUGGCAGCCUCGAGAAUAAUGACGAGGAGGAGGAGGAGGGCGAGGACGAGGAUGGCUGGAGUGAAGUGGAGACGUGGAGCGAUGGUUAUGAAGUUGUCAAUCACAGUGACGGGGAGAGUGAAUUGUCCUUCUUUGAAGAGGAUGAUCUCCCAUAG